CCUAUGUAGGAUCUGUAAAUAUUAGAGGUAGAUUAAAAGGGACAUUAUAUUUUAUGAGAAAAAGUUCCAAGGAUAGACUGUUGCUUAGUAUUUUUUAUAUUUUCAAUCUUGUGUUCUAAUGACUUUGAGUAUAAUGACCUGAGGGAAAUUGCACAGUAACUCAGACUGUUCUUUGUAACAGAGAUUGAAUUGAGUCAAUCUGUCCCUGUAUUUAUAUCCUUCAGGUAUUUAUAUCCACUCUGAUAGGGCCAUAGUAGGCACUUGUAUUUGUGGAAUAAAUGAAUGUCUGGGGAGCUGCUGACAUUGCUCUUCAGUCAAUGGUUAAUUAGGAAAGGACUUAGAAUAUCUGAAUAGUUUGUGAAAAGCAGACAAAAAAACAGUCAUGAAAUGUGUAGAACCAUGUUCUUUACAAUACAUUUAAGUGUUUGGAGUUUCAACAUGUGAAGAAAAAAAAGGAUUUGGAAGAUGACAUGAAAAUAUCAGUUAUUUUUGUUAAGUUAAAAGAUUCCAUUACUCAGAUAUCACAUUAUUGCACAAAUACUUUCAGCUAGAAAAGUUUUGCCAACUAGUUUCCUUGAUUGUGGAGUGAAUUGGGUUUUUAAUGAAUAUAUGUCAACGUUUUCUUCUUCCUUUGUAGGCAUUUGGGAUCACAACUUUGUGAAUUAGAAAAACUGAUAGAUAAAAUGAUGAUUGCAGAAUUUUCUACUUAUUCUCACAGUGACUUAAACAGACCACUGGAAGACGAUUGUCAAAUUUUAGAAGAGGAAAGACUUGUAUCUCUUGUAUUUGGACUUUUAAAACAAAGAAAACUUAAUUUUUUAGAAAUCUAUAGUGAAGAAAUGAUUAUUACAGCAAAGAAUAUCAUUAAACAGUGUGUGAUUAAUAAAGUUUCACAGAUAGAAGAAAUUGACACAGAUGUUGUUGUGAAGCUUGCAGAUCAGAUGAGAAUGUUGAAUUUUCCUCAGUGGUUUGAUCUGCUAAAAGAUAUUUUCUCUAAGUUUACAAUUUUCCUGCAAAGAGUUAAGGCAACGUUACAUAUCAUUCACAGUGUUGUUCUCUCAGUUCUUGACAAAAACCGAAGGACCAGAGAAUUGGAGGAGGUUUCACAACAGAAGAAUCCUACGAAAGACAGUUCACUGGACACAGAGGUGGCUUAUUUAAUCCAUGAAGGCAUGUUUAUAAGUGAUGCAUUCAGUGAGAGUGAAUUAACACCUAUAGUAAUCGACACUACCUCUCAAAGAAAUGCAUCUCCAAAUAGUGAGCCCUGCAGCAGUGAUUCGGUAUCCGAACCAGAAUGUACUACUGAUUCUUCAUCCAGCAAAGAUCAGACAUCAUCAUCUGCUACUCCAGGAGGUGUGGAUGUUAUGGUCAAUGAGGACAUGAAAUUAACUGAUUUAGAGCUAGAAAAACUGGCAAAUAAUAUCCAGGAGUUAUUGUAUAGUGCCUCAGAUAUAUGCCAUGAUCGAGCUGUCAAAUUUCUCAUGUCAAGAGCAAAGGAUGGUUUUCUUGAGAAGCUAAAUUCCACGGAAUUCAUAACACUUUCUAGAUUAAUGGAAACAUUCAUUUUAGAUACUGAACAGAUCUGUGGAAGAAAAAGUAUGUCAUUACUUGGAGCACUUCAGAGCCAAGCCAAUAAAUUUGUAAACAGGUUUCAUGAAGAGAGAAAAACUAAGCUCAGCCUCCUCUUAGACAAUGAGCGCUGGAAGCAAGCCGAUGUUCCUGCAGAAUUUCAGGAUCUUGCUGAUUCUAUAUCAGAUGGAAAGAUUGCUUUACCUGAAAAAAAGUCGGGGGGUAUGUGCAUUCUUUCACAUACUUUCUUCUGAUUUUAUACUGUUUAUUCCUUUUAUAGGAAUGCUUAACAUUUCUUUAAGUGACAGUGCCUCUUGAAAAGCCUAGAAGUAAUAAUGCCAGCUUUGUUAGUAAGUAGUUGACUGGAAAAGUUACCUGUGGUAAUGUGUGAUAAUAAUACCAGAUAUUUAUUGGAUGUUAACCAUAUGCCACACAUUGGGCCAGGUGCUUUAUAUGCAUUAUUCCAGUUUAUCUGCACAACAAUUUAUGAUGAAGAUGCUAUUGUUAACCUUGUUUAACAGGAGGCAUGAGGCUUUCAGGUAUUAAGGAAUUUUGUACAAAUGAUGAGCUGAAAUUUGAAACCGGCUUUGUAUAAUUUCAUGGCUUUGUUCACUGUACCAUGUUGUUUAAAGACAUGUAUUCAUUUGUUGAGCACUAGUAAGUUUCUACUAUGUGUCAGAUAUUGAGACAGAGAUAAGUUAUAAUACUCCUUUAAAAGGGCUGAGUCUAAUGAAAAAAAAAAUGUGGAUUAGCAAUCACAAGUAAUGCAGUAGUGAUACGAUAGAGGAAACCAAAAUGUAAAGAACUCUGGAAAACGAAAACUAAAGGAGACUCAAAAGGAAGGGCCAGAGAGGUGGAGGAAAUCCAGAAGAACAUAGAAGUAAAAAAAUUAGUUUCAAGAAGAGAAUUGUUAUUGGUAUCAAAUAUGUCUUGGUUUUUAUAUGAAAGAAAUGCAAAGGCUGGAAGAUACUUUUGUAUGCCUGGUAAAUUGGAGCUGUCAUGUGAUAAUAAUGUAAACUUAUGUACGACAUAUCCUUAAUACUGGACUUGAAAUUAUAAGACUGUCAAAUAAUUUUUUGAAAGUUUUUAAGUAGACUCCAUGCCCAACAUGGGGCUUGAACUCAUGACCCUGAGAUCAGUAGUUGCAUGCUCUACUGACUGAGUCAGCCAGGCUCCCCAAUUAUCAAAUAUUUUUAAUGGAGGAGGCAAAUGCAUUUUCAAAUUUUAUGCAUUUAAUUAAAGUUUAAUAUUUUUAUAUAGAAAUAUUUUUAAAUUGUGUUUUUCACAUUUACACAAAAUGCAACUGCACUACAAGAGAAAGACCGAGUAAAGUACAAAUAGUGACCACUACUUUGACAUGUAGGAGAUCAUUUGCAAUUUUAGUAAUUCAGUAGUGACAGAGUCAUAUCGUAGUUCAGUACUAAGUAACUUGAAAGAUGAGGACUGGUAAACAAAUGUAGCCUCCUUUUUGACAAGUUUGGUUGUGAAGGUAGAGUGAGUGAUGAAGUAGCACUAGAGACCUAAGAGAAUAAUUAGAUUAUUACUUUAAUCCACUCAAGGAAUUGAGAGAAGAGUUUUAAGGUAGGAGAAACUGAAUUAUGUUUUUAUUUUCAGCAGAAAGAGGAAGAAGAUUAAAGAGAGGAGUGACGUGGACUGAUUGUGAGGCAGGGCCCCUGGAAUUAAGUCCAGAGUUGAGAUGAAAGGCUAUCUCUUCUGACACGGGGACAAGAGAGAAUGGGUGAAGGACAGGUGUAAAAUAGAGUAAUUCAUAUAGGGCAGAGAGAAGAAUUGAAUGAAUUAAGUAGAUUUCUGUUGCCUCGUGACCAUUUUUUAGUAGGUGACAGUGUUGGGUUUUGGUCACAAUCUUUUAAUUAUAUGAUCUUAGAAAAGCAAAAGUAUUCAAGUAGCAAAGAUUGAAAGAAAAAUAAAACUGGUUAUUUUUAAAUCCCAAGUUUAAAAUUAUAAGAUUUAUUUUUCAUUUACUCUUUCAGGCUAUAUUUGAUGACUUCUUUGUGAGAUGCUGUGCUAGAUGCUAUGACAUGUUUUCUGUUCCUGAUCAGCUCAAAGUCUUACAAUCCACUGUCAUGCAAACAUAACAAUUUUUGAAUUAAAAUGAUAAAUAUAGAGUGAAUUAACUGUGGGUUUUUUUGUUUUUUG